GGGCCCUAAGGUGGGGCUCCAGCUCAUUGGCUGUUGUUUAUGUUGAAGAAGAGGCCAGGAACCUUUUCACUGAACGGCAAGGAGCUCAGGAGCUCUCUGCUCCUAUCCUUUAAACCUUGCGGCCACUGUGGUGAGGGAUGACACACACUGGCUUCUGCAUUUGCUGUUGACUGUGGCACGUUCUCUCUCUCUCUCUCCCUGCCUCUCUGUGUAGAGCGACGGAGCCCGGGAUGUCAAAAAUGGAGCCUGGGGAAGGAGAAGUGGCCCUGAGCCUCGGUCUCCAGAACCUGCGGUCUGAUCCGAGACAGGAGCCCACGAUUAAAGAGGAGAGGCUGGAGCUGGGCGACGACCCCUUUGUGAUGGGUGGGGACUCUGAGCCGGACAAGGUCGCCCCCGGGGCUCUGCCAUCGAUCUCCACUGGAGCCGGGGAGCCGGAGGAUCAGCGAGCCCGGGCGAUGAGGCGUCCCCGACGGGAUCACCGGCGCAACUACCAGGAGCGCUGGAGGAGCGAGUACCUGAUGGACUACGACCGGUGGCGGCACGGGCUGGUCUGCAUGGUGUGCGGCGCCACCCUGGCCACCCUCAAACUCAGCACCAUCAAGCGGCAUAUCCUGCAGAGGCACCAGGCCUCGCUGCUGCUCACACAGACCGAGAAGGAGGUGGUCAUCGCCAGCUGGGAGAAGCACGUCCUGGGCCAGAACUACCUGCAGGAGGGGUUGCCCGUCCCAGUGCUCAGCUUGGAUCCAGCGCAUCCCGAUCUUGCCCCAGCCGCUCCCCCGCCACCAAUGGAUGUCAUCCACCCCCCGCCGCCCGCCCGGGACCCCUCCCCGCCGGCCUUCAAGGACGUAGCGAGCCGGCCGGCGGGCAGAGGCCGGCCGCCCGGCAAGAAGCCGAAAGCCAAGGCCAAGCCGCCGGUCGGCCGGCGCCAGGGCCUCGGCUGCCCGUCCGCCAAGCGGGUGCGGCGCUACUACCAGGAGCGGUGGAGGAGCGAGUACCUGAUGGACUACGACUGCCUGCGGCACGGGCUGGUCUGCAUGGUGUGCGGCAGCGCCCUCGCCACCCUCAAGCUCAGCACCAUCAAGCGCCACAUCCUCCAGAAGCACCAGGCCUCGCUCAGCCUGACUCCCAGCCAGAAGGACGUCGUCAUGGCAACCUGGGUGGAGCACCUGCUCAACCAAUCGCAGCACAACAUCGAGAGCCAGGGGGCGGGGCUGGAGCGCCUCCACCAACCGCACCAGGGCUCGGCCAAUCCCUUCGGCCAAUCACCCGUCGAGAGUCCGGAGCCGGUCCCGGCGAGCCGCGACCAGUCACACGUGGGGCGGCCGGGGCUGAUCGACCAAUCGCAGGUCGAGGUUCCUGAGGCGGAGCGGUCGCCGGUCGGGGAGACGUUUCGCCAAUCGCGAGCCGGGGUUCGGCACAAAGAGGCGGGGCUAAUCCACCAGUUGCUGAUGGGCGAGUCAAUCCGCCUCAUCGACCAAUCCGACAUCGGCAUCGAGGAGCGCGCCGGGGCUGCUCAAUUCAAGCCGCCCCAUUUCAACCAAUCAGAGGUCGAGAUCAAGAAACUGGGGGCGGAGCCAAACGCAAAUUUCCUUCAAUCACACGCCAAAUUGAGUCGGACAGAGUCAUCCCAGUUCGUCAACCAAUCACAGAUGACCGUCGAGCCGAGAGGGGCGGGGCCUGCGCCCCCUGCAGGUUCGCCGGUGCCCGGACCCACUGAGCCCGGCCCCGUGGUCAAGGCGGAGAAUCACCCGGAGCCGCAGCCUCCCUCCCCUUCCCCCUUCUCCCCCCCUUCCCCCCCUCCCCCCUCUCCCCCCAACCCGGAGCCCACCCCCGGGAGGGGCGUCCGCCGCCACUACCAGCAGCGCUGGCGCUCCGAGCACCUGAUGGACUACGACCCGCGGCGCCGGCGCCUGGUCUGCAUGGUGUGCGGCAAGGCGCUGGCCACCCUCACCCUGGGUGCCAUCCGGCGCCACGUCCUGCAGAACCACCCGCACUCCCUGCUCUUCAACCGGGCCGAGAAGGAGAACAUCCUGGAGGCCUGGAACGAGCAGCCGUGGCGCCGGGAGCCGGGCGGGGCGCCGGAACCCCCGACCCUUUCUCCGGCGGGCAAGCGGCCCCUCCGGCGCUACCAGGAGCGCUGGCGCUCCGAGCACCUGAUGGACUACGACCCGUGGCGCCGGCGCCUGGUCUGCAUGGUGUGCGGCAAGGCGCUGGCCACCCUCACCCUGGGUGCCAUCCGGCGCCACGUCCUGCAGAGCCACCCGCACUCCCUGCACUUCAGCCCGGCCGCCAGGGAGAACAUCCUGCAGGCCUGGAGCAAGACGGUGCCCUGGCAGCGCGAAGAGGAGAGCGUCCCGCCGGACCCGGGGCAGGUCCGGCCCUCGGCCCCCAGCUCACAGCACGGGGCAGCAGUGGGACCGGCAGACAGGGAGCUGGGGGAACCCCAGGAGGAGAGGUCACGGAGCCCGGUGGAGAUCGAGGUGUACGUGGAGGAGCCAGAGAAGAGCCCAGCGGCCCGGAGACGUUUCCCGGGCCGGGAUCACCGGCGCAACUACCAGGAGCGCUGGCGCCUGGAGUACCUGAUGGACUACGACCAGUGGCGGCACGGGCUGGUCUGCAUGGUGUGCGGCGCCACCCUGGCCACCCUCAAGCUCAGCACCAUCAAGCGGCAUAUCCUGCAGAGGCACCAGGCCUCGCUGGGCUACACCCUGACCCAGAAGGUGCUGCUGGCCCAGGAGUGGAACAAGAAGGUGGCUGCCAUCGCCAGGAUGGACCUCUGGCGUCUCCCCAGCGGCCAGAGCCAGGAGGGUCCUCCCAGGGAUCCAGGAGGAAUAGCUGCCGGGGGGACCUAGGGGGUGGCCCGUCGGUUGUCAUGUAAAUCCUCCCCCUCACCACCCUCUCUCUGUCUCCCCUCCUCCUUCUCUCUACUCCCUCGUUCUAUCCAUCCCUCCCCCUUCUCUCUACCCCCUCGUUCUGUCCAUCCCUCCCCUCUCUGUCCAUCACCUUUCUCUAUCUUUCCCCUCCCAUCUCUCCGUCCCAUCUCUCCAUUCCCUCUCCCACUCGUCCCCCUCUCUCUUGCCCCAUUCUCACUCUCACCCCCUUCCUCCCUCCUUCUCUCCCUCCCACAUUAAGGUUGGAUCGUUCCCCACCAACUCAGCACUAGGGUCAGGGGAAUAUUAGUUCAACCCGUAGCCUCAGGUGAUCCCCACUUCCAGAGACAGUUUAGGAGCCCUCGGUCCUCCACACGUCUCCUCCACCCUUGGCUCCUGGGAUCUUGGCUUCAAGGAAGGAGGUGCUCCUGACCGCGAUGGGGUCUGCUGUGAGGCCUUCCGUUGUCCAACUUCCCAAGGCAACGCUUACCAGUCCAAGGCUGAGGGGUCGGGGCACAGGUCAGUGGGACGAGUAACUCAGUGAAACUGAAGUGGGGCUGGAGGGCAGAAAGUGGGAAAAUCAUUCAUAAAUCCUCACUGGCUGAAACUUUGAGCCACACAUUGAGGGAAAGGCAGUUACUGGGCGCGCAAAGCCCCUGGGGAUAAUGAGUUGACACAGUUAUAUGGAACUAGUCUCACCUCUCAGAACCAGCAGAGAACCUGGGUGUGGGAGCAUUGGGUCUGGCCCUCCAGAGGAUCUAACAGGGAGUCAGACCUCAGCAUCUUUAGGGGAGUCACAGAUUUGUCAGCAGAACCAGUGGACUCUGGGGUGUGGGGGCUUUGCACUAAUGCUCCAUUACUGAACAGCAGGGGUAGCCCACACCCUGAACAUCAGCUCAGGAGGGACACAGGAUAUUCCAUGGGUUCAGGAGUUACCUUUCCCGUGAUGUCUACCCUCGGAUUCACAGCCCAGUUGGAAAUGAAUGGACUCAAUGUUUUCCCGUCAACCCACAGCGGUGGGACUCUUGUACGAAGAAAUGUUGCAAUUCAGAAUCUUGUUCAAAUAUAUAUAUAUAUACAUAUAUAUAUAUAUAUAAAGUAUUCAAAUGUC